UCGGCAGAGCCUCGCGAGAUGGUCGAACUGCUUCGGGGUCGACAAUGACAUAGUCCGUGCCGAAGAAGAAGAAGAAGUUGGUCUCCAAAAUGGCGCCGGUCGCCAGGACGAGGACCAGAGUCCUUUGGUUCCCGCUGAUCCUUCUUCUGGCGGCGCACUUGGUCCUGGCACAGCAGCCGCACAUCGUGUUCAUAAUGGCCGACGAUUUGGGAUGGAACGACGUGGGAUUUCACGGAUCCAUCCAAAUUCCGACACCAAACAUCGACGCUCUCGCAUAUUCGGGACUUAUCUUAGAUCGAUACUAUGUCGCUCCAAUUUGCACUCCAUCCAGAAGUGCAAUGAUGACUGGGAAACAUCCCAUUCACACAGGAAUGCAGCACGAGGUCCUUAAGGGUGCCGAGCCUAGAGGACUCCCCUUGGAAGAGAAGCUCCUUCCACAGUAUCUCCAGGACCUUGGAUACAGUACACACAUUGUAGGAAAAUGGCAUUUGGGCUUCUACAAGAAGGAAUAUACUCCUACUUACAGAGGCUUUGAGUCACACCUUGGAUAUUGGACCGGUCAUCAGGACUACUUCGAUCACACCGCUGUGGAGACACCAUACUGGGGCCUUGACAUGAGAAGGGACCUUGCCCCAGCCUGGGACCUUCAUGGACAAUAUUCCACGGACGUUUUCACUAAAGUGGCAGUAUCCUUGAUCGAAAAGUACAAUACCAAUAAACCGCUUUUCCUCUACCUUGCACACGCUGCGGUCCAUUCCGGAAAUCCGUACAAUCCGCUUCCGGCGCCUGAAGAGGAGGUCGCCAAGUUCAGCUCGAUAUCGGACUACAAAAGAAGACGGUUUGCUGCCAUGCUGAGCAAAUUGGACCAAUCUGUGGGAAACGUGGUUGAAGCUUUGCGCAAGAAAGACAUGUUGAAAAACAGUAUUAUCAUUUUUUCAACCGACAAUGGUGGCCCGGCUGCAGGAUUCAAUUUGAACGCUGCUUCGAACUGGCCUUUGAGAGGUGUUAAAAAUACACUUUGGGAAGGAGGGGUCAGAGGCGCUGGUCUUAUCUGGACCCCUAAGAUAUCAAAUCCUGGCAGAGUAGCCAAACAGAUAUUUGACGUUUCCGAUUGGCUGCCAACACUUUUGGCAGCGGCCGGAGGUGACACUUCGAAUCUCACCAUGGAUGGUCUUAAUCUAUGGGGUGCAUUAAAAGAUGACACGGAGUCACCUAGGCAAACGGUUCUGCACAACAUAGACGACCAGAUUGGAAAUGCUGCUAUCAGCACGAAUGGCUGGAAAUUAGUGCAGGGAUCUAGUUACAAUGGAUUUUGGGAUAGUUGGUAUGGACCGUCCGGGAGAGAAGGAGCGUACGACGUGGCUGCAGUAAUUGGAAGUUCAACUGGUCGGGCAAUUUCAAGUAUAGGAUUGGCUUUAACUCCAGAUAAGAUCAGGUCUCUUCGGGACCAGGUUACGAUUACGUGCCCUCCGAAAAAUGACAAUUUGCCGGAAUGUCAACCUAUGAAGGCUCCUUGCCUCUUCCACAUUUAUGAGGAUCCUUGUGAGAUGAACAAUCUUGCCGAAGAGAAUCCUGAUAUGUUGGCAAAGUUGCAAGGAGAAUUGAAACGGUGGAACUCCACAGCAGUUCGUCCAGGAAAUCUUCCCUGGGACUCUAAGGCAGAUCCGAAAUUGUGGGACCAUUUGUGGACGAAUUUCGGCGAUUUCACCGUCAUGGUGAAUGUAGCCGGAUGAAGAACUCCAAGUAAUUUCUGUCAAGUCUUGUACAGUCUUUAAUGAUCUUUGCAGUGGUGAAAUAUUUUAAAUAUCGACCCCGGGUCAGGGAGAGGAAGUAACAAUCUCACAACACAUUGCUGUGAAAGGUUCGAAAGUUUGAGAUGCCAGUUUGUACCAGGACAGAAUUUAUUAAUUUCUGUUACGUGUGUAAUUACCACCAGCAAAUGUCUUAGUCUUUUUCAUAAACUGCACAUUGUUAUAUUU